UGUAACACUGACAACUUCAAAAUUAAAUAAAAUGGUAUUUUUUCCAAAAAUCUAAUAUCAUGCUAAAUAUGAAAUUAAGUCCAUAGCAGUUAUGUUUCUGUUUAAUCGGAUUGCUCUAAAAUCAUUAAAUUGUUACGCGAGGUUAUACAGCUUAAGCAAAAAGUGCCCUUACGAUGUUCUCAGACUGCGUAGAAACUGUACAGACAAAGAAAUCAAAGAAGCAUUUAUUAAGAUGAGCAAGGAAUACCAUCCAGACAAGAACAAGGAUGCCAAAGCUCAGGAGAGGUUUGUUAGCAUUGUGGAGGCGUACAAUGUGCUCGGGAAGCCCAGUAGUCGGGCACAGUAUGAUAUUCUCUAUAGGAGCAAUCAAUCUGCCUAUGUUCAAAGAACACAUGUCCCUUGGAACUUGCGCAACAACCCUUCCUACCAAUACCAAUACCAAUACCAAAACACCCAGACCAACAGACAGCAACCAAGAAAGGAGAAGUCGUACUACGGUGUGUCUGGCGUCAAGAAGAUGCCAAAUUACAUGAUCAUCAUGAUCUGCUGCGGCUUUGGGCUUAUUGGUCUUGUUAUACAGAUGUAUGUUAUCAGGCAUUCAUUUCUAUUACACCAAGAAAAUAUAAAUGAGAAGUCUCGAAUAGCGGCUGAAGAGCUGGAUAAGGUUCGUGCAGCAGCUCAAGAAAAUGGAAAUGAGUCUGAGCCUGUUUUGCGUGAGAAUGUCCAAGAAAGUGUCAGUGCGCCCCUCCCCAGCUAUACAAAUCAUCCCCUUGGCGAUCUAGGAGAACUUUUUGGAGAUCUUUUUGUCCUACCGGAGUCUAUGGAGACUAUUCAGGUCGAGUCCGAGUCCAAGGAUAGCUUUAGCGUGCUGGCCGAGGUUCUUCAGCCAGAAGACGAAGUUGAGUUACAAACACGUCUUUUGCUGGAGAAAAUCGUAAACGGAGCGAACCCCACCGUCGCCACCGCGUCGCUAGGGCAAGAGCUCGCUACGGAGAAAAAGGAAUCUGCGGACCGGGUCCUCACAGAGUACGGGCUGUCUGAGGAUGCUGGGGGCGAUUGGUACACGUCUUCUUUCAGAAGCAAUAUAAAGAAAAAUCCUCUGGGUUUGGCGUUUGAAAUUGAAACCUGGUUCGAGUAAUUAGUGAGUGUAAAAUGUAAAUAAUAACGAUUAACGUAAAUUAAAUAUUUAUUAAAAUU